AUGCCGGCAGAGCCGCAGGGAGAAGCCGGAGCCCACUGCUUGGACCCGCCCCCAGGAAACACAGCCCCCACCCGCAGAAAACACAGGCCACACCCACAGAAAGCACAAGCCAACCCCCAGGAAACACAAGCCAGCCCCCAGAAACAAGCCACGCCCCCAGAAACGCAGGCCACACCCGCAGAAAGCACAAGCCAGCCCCCAGGAAACACAAGCCAGCCCCCCAAAACACAAGCCAGCCCCCAGACACGCAGGUCACGCCCCCCAGGAAGCAUUGGCCUCACCCGCAGAAAACACAGGGCACGCCCCCAGAAAGCACAAGCCAGCCCCCGGAAAACGCAAGCCACACCCCCAGAAACGCAGAAAACACAGGCCACACCCCAGAAGAAACAAGUCACACCCCCGAAAUCACACACCAGCCCCCCCAAAACAGGGCUCACCCGCAGGAACACAGGCCACACUCCCAGAAAACACAAGCCCCGCCCCCAGGAAACACAAGAAUGCCUCACCCGCAGGAACACAGACCACACCCCCAGAAAGCACAAGCCAGCCCCCGGAAAACGCAAGCCACACCCCCAGAAACGCAGGUCACCCCCCCAGGAAACAGGCCUCACCGCAGGAACACAGGCCAGGCCCCCAGAAAAUACGAGCCAUGCCCCCAGAGAAUACAGGCCACACACCCCGAAAUCACAGACCAGCCCCCCAAAAACAGGCCUCACCCGCAGCAACACAGGACACCCCCACAGAAAGCAGGCCACGCCCCCAGAAAGCACAAGCCAGGCCCCAGAAAACACAAGCCAACCCCCAGAAAUGCAGGUCACACCCACAGAAAACACAAGCCCUGCCCCCAGAAAGCACAAGCCAGCCCCCAGAAACGCAGGUCACGCCCCCAGAAAACAGGCCACACCCCAGAAAACACAAGUCACGCCCCCAGAGAACACAGGCCCCGCACCCCGAAAUCACAGACCAGCCCCCAAAAAACAGGCCACACCCACAGAUAAUACAAGCCACAAACACAGAAAACACAGGGCACGCCCCCAGAAAGCACAAGCCAGCCCCCAGAGACACAUGCCAGCCCCCAGGAAACAAGCCACAUCCCCAGAAACGCAGGUCAAGCCCUCAGGAAACACAGGGCACGCCCCCAGAAAGCACAAGCCAGCCCCCGGAAAACACAAGCCACACCCCCAGAAACGCAGGUCACGCCCCCAGAAAACAGGCCUCACCGCAGGAACACAGGCCAGGCCCCCAGAAAACAGGCCAGCCCCCAGAAAAUACGAGCCACGGCCCCAGAAAACACAGGCCACACCCCAGAAAACACAAGUCACGCCCCCCCGAAAUCACAGACCAGCCCCAGGAAACAGGCCUCACCCGCAGGAACACAGGUCACACCCACAGAAAACACAAGCCCUGCCCCCAGAAAGCACAAGCCAGCCCCCAGAAAACACAAGCCAGCCCCCAGAAACGCAGGAACACAGGUAUUUCCAUAGAAAUACAGGCCACUGCCACCGAAAUACAGGCCACACCUGCAUGAUGCGGACCAUGCCCAUAUGA